UAAAGUCCAAUCGAACAUAAAUUGAUUAGUUUAAUCAAUCAAUUAUAAAAUAUAUAAUUUCAAAACAAAUAAAUAAGUAAAUCUAUUCAAAGCAACUUAAAAAACAAAAUACUUCUAUCCAAGUUUUAUUAGUAAUUUAGCAAAUAAAAAAUAUUUAAAAUGGUUAGCGCUUGGUCCUUCGGUACUUCUCUAAGAGAUAGGGGCAGAUCAAAUGACACACCUGGUCCUGGUUCAUAUUCUGCUUAAAAGUAGCCUAAGCAAAUACCUCCUUAAUGGAAAAUGGGCUCAUCUGGAAGAAGUGGUCUCCUUCUCAAUACCUCUCCUGGUCCCGGAUCAUACUAACUCAAGCCAAAGUUUGGUAAUGAAGGUAGUAAGUAUACCAUCGUUGGUAAGCCAUAGUCUAGACCCCUCACAGCAGGAUCUUAACCUGGUCCUGGCGCCUACAAUCCCAAUGCCUCUGUAUCAUUAAGAACACUACCAAAAUAUACUUUCUCCUCAAAAGCUGGUGUUCCAGGUGAAAGAGUAAAAACUCCUGGACCAGGAUAAUACUCACAUUCUUCAACUGUUCUGAAUAGACCUUCUAUGAUCUUUCCAAGAUCUACUAGAAAUGAGUUAUAUUACACUGGAAAUACUCCUGGUCCAGGAAGUUAUUCUAGAAUGUUAAUGAAUUCAGCAUAAGGUCCUAAAUUUGGGUUUGGUACAAGCACAAGAGAUGAUUUUAAUCACACAUCAUUUAGGCAAUCUCCUGGGCCUGGAAAUUAUAACCUCAAUAGCAGUUUUAACUCUUCAAAAGGAUUUAGUAUGAGUUUCCGUCAAAAACUACCUGGCGAUUAAGAAAAAGUACCUGGACCUGGAAGUUAUAACCCAAGCUUAAUUAUGAAAAAGUCAUCACCAGCAUUUAAAAUUGGAACUUCAUUAAGAGGAAAAGAUUACUUUGAUUAGUCAUAGCCAGGACCUGGAGCAUAUUAGCCACGUAUGUAUAAUAGACCAACAACACCUUCUGUAAAAAUGGGCCACGAUUAAAGAAAGCCAUUAAGUUGUACUGAAUUAACUCCUGGACCUGGAUAGUAUAGCUUACCAGGAACAAACACUGGUCCUAAGUUAACAAUUAAAGGGUCUACUUCUACCGAUCCAGUUACUCUUGAAAAAUCUAGAAUCCCUGGUCCUGGUUAAUAUUAACCUAGCGAGAGCUUUUCUAGUUUAAAGUAAAGACCUGCAUCAGCAAGAAUUGGAAGUGGACAAAGAUCUAAUUUCUUAGCCACCACUGCUGUCCCUGGGCCGGGAAAUUAUUAGAUUGGAGGAGAUAUCUAAGGCCCUAAAUGGGGAUUUGGAACCAGUUAAUAGCGUAUUAACGAUUAAGCUAAGGCCCAUAUAAACUAACCUGGUCCAGGUGCAUAUAAUCUUAAACCUUUCUUUGCAGAUGUUCCUUCUUACUUAAUGCCUCAUAAACCUCCUUAAUGA